AUGCCAGGGACUCUGGAGCCAGUGGUGGUACCGCGGCAAUCCCGCCCUUAUGCUCUUGAUCAGCUGUUGAUGAAUGUGGUGGUCCCGUUCAGUCCGUGUUUGAGGAGUCUAGAGUUGGAUAAUACGGCGGUGUCUGGGCAGAUACUCAUAUCGACUGUCUUGUAUUCACGGCGCGAAACACUAGAGCAUCUCUCCGUCCGGGGAUGUAAAAAUGUCUCCCUUAAAUACCAUAUCAUUCCGUAUCUGACAAUGUUUGGGCUUCAAUAUGAUGUGGAUAUGGAAAACAGCAUUGGUAGCUCUUCAUCUACCAAGCGUCUUGCACUGAAAAGCCUGUAUACCUACCGAUGCCGACAUCACCGAAGAAGACCCUACCUCUCCUCUUCUUUAACUCGGAAGGAUUCAGACUCGGAGCCGACCCAUGAAUUAGUCAACCUCUGCCAUAAACUAGGGAUUUGGACCGACACCGCGUGGUGUUCGACUCCCGCCGGGAGGUGCUAUAGGAGGAGAGGUUACGUUUCCAUGAGAGUACCGCAAGGCUCUGCGGAGGUCUGGGUGGUUUUUGACCGGUUAUGGCGGUCGAAGAAUUGGAUUGGCCCGGUAGACCACAGCAGCCGUCCACCCAAAAGAGACGGUAAGCUGUGGGAACAUGAGGAGACUGGCUGCUAUGGUGAAGCCCUUGGGACAGGAGAAGGCAGGGACCUUGGCGAGGGUAAAAUGUCACCGGCCCAUUCACGUUGGAGCCAUAAGCGAUUUGUGGAAAAUAUCCGCUGCGACAACUGCUACGAAGAGAUUCCGGAAAGAUGCGAACAGUGUAGUGUUCUAAUGCACUGUGUUGGGUGCCGCAAGACGCUCUGUGCAAGUUGUGCUUAUGAUCGGCCCUACGUUCGUCCUCGACGGCCCUCAUCGCUGUCAGGGGAGUCUAAGCAACCUUUCUGGUGGGCGCCAGGGGCCACCACUUCGCCCUGCCUCAUGCUGGAUCCCUUGGAGAGUACCUCUGAAAGUGAUACCUUGAAUCAUAGCACCACACCCCCUCAUCCUGUCCUGAAAUUUCACUGGUGUUGUACCGAACCAAUCUUUUCCGGUGGAGGCGGUAUCAGUAUUGGAACUCCUAACCGGGAUGUAGACCAGGUGCGAGCAGCGCCUCUGCCCCGUGGGCAAGGCUGGGAAGACCUGGAAUACUCGGCGCAAGAGUGGAGUAAGACUUUUCCCAAGUAUGCCUACGGUGAUCCACGGAAACCUGACUACACACUCGAAACGGGACAUAUAGCUAUGAUGAAAUGGUUGCUGGGGCCUCCAGACCGAGAGCCCACGGCUUGCCCUCGAAAUCUGUGUCAGGAAUGUUAUGACACUCCCCAGUGGAAGGUACACUGUAAAAGUUGCUCGAAGCCAUUAUGCAUUGAACAUGAUCUACGCGGCCUCCGCUUACGCAUUUGUGGAUACCGUGACCUUACUCUAGAAAAGAUGGCCAUCCAAAAUCGGCCCGGAUCAGGCUCUCAACAGACCACCAGUGCUGUUGCUUCGUCGCAUUACUUGAGCUCCUCGACCGAAUUUGCAUUGCCAUAUCGGACCCACCGGGCUGUCGACUCUACUGCAAGCAGCUUUACCGAGGAUAAUCCUGCGGAUGCCGUCCCGGAUGUUAGUAGCCACGCUGUGCAAGGCGCUGACGACCCGCCAGGGCCCAUUUCUCUUGUGCACCGCCGACUCAGGAGUGUCUCAGUCUCGAACUCGAACCGAUCCCGUUCCUCAUCACGUUCCUCCGUUGGUUGUGAAUCACAGUCAGAUUCGGCCAAGUGGCAAGGCUGCCAAUCGUUCUUUUGCCCGCAGUAUCGAGCUGUCGGCGAUCAACGACAAAGGUGUGGUAGUGUCCUCCGUGAGUGUUCAAGCUGCUCGGUGCACGUAUGCCAGGACUGCGUUGAGGCCAAUCCUCCAUGUAACUGCUCAUACUGCGAGGUAAACUAUCUGUGCCCGAACUGCCUCAAGCUUCGAGAGCAGGACGGAACCUGCCGUCGGCUGGAAGAGGAAAAGGCACGGAGGGAACAACGGUGGAAGGAAGAUAUGCAGAUGCUGGAGGGGAUCUUGGAGACUAAGAUGGCAAACGAAGUUGCGGAAUAUGCGGGUCAGUUCUUCAACUCCGUCGAGGAGCCGGGCAUAUCUGUUGAGCAAGUGGAAGAUGUUCACCAGAAUGCUCCAUCUCCGCAUCAUGUCCGCAUCUUCGACGGCUCACCCUGGAUGGGACCUAUUACAGAGGAGGACGUAGUCGAUAGCAUAGAGUAA